UCAUAACAUCAUGUUAUGAUAUGAGAGCCCUACCACUAAACCAACCUCGCUGGAGUUACUCCAUUCCUUAUAUUUAUCCAUGCAUGUAUCUACAAAGUCUCCUCUAUAAAUACCCAUGUGAGCCACUCCAGCAUUCAUCAUAGGAGGGUCUAGAAAAAUUUCUCUCCAUCUUACAAAUCAAAUUGUUUUCUGCUCUGCUGUGCUUAUUACAGCAAGCCAGUCUUGGGGAAAAAAAAAAAAAAAAAAAUCCAUGGACAAGUCUGCGGGCUUCCCUUUAGCCCUUGCUCUCCUUGUCUUUGCUCCACUUUGCUUCUGUCAGAACAACAAUGGUGGUAAACUAUAUCCCCAGUUUUAUGACCAUUGCUGUCCCAAAGCUUCAGAGAUUGUAAAGUCCAUUGUUGCCAAGGCCGUUGCUCAGGAAGCUCGUACAGCCGCUUCUUUGCUUAGACUGCAUUUCCAUGACUGCUUCGUCAAGGGCUGUGAUGCAUCUAUACUGUUAGACAGCAGUGGGAAGAUACUCAGCGAGAAGAGGUCCAACCCCAAUAGGAAUUCGGCUCGAAAAUUCGAAGUUCUCGAUGAGAUCAAAUCUGCAAUAGAGAAGGAGUGCCCCAACACAGUGUCUUGUGCUGAUAUCUUGGCUUUAGCUGCUAGAGACUCCACUGUUUUAACAGGUGGACCAAGCUGGGAAGUCCCACUUGGAAGAAGGGAUUCUUUAGGAGCAAGCUUGAGUGGCUCUAACAACGAUAUUCCUGCUCCAAACAAUACCUUCCAAACCAUUCUCACUAAGUUCAAACGACAAGGCCUCGACAUUGUUGAUCUUGUUGCACUCUCUGGAAGCCACACCAUAGGAAAUGCCCGUUGCACAAGUUUCAGGCAGAGACUCUACAACCAAUCAGGAAAUGGUCAACCAGACUACACUCUUGACCCAUCCUAUGCUGCUCAACUUAGGAAAGGAUGCCCAAGAUCUGGUGGAGACCAGAACCUCUUUUUCUUGGACUUCGUCAGCCCAACUAAGUUUGAUAACAGCUACUUUAAGAAUUUGUUGGCUUAUAAAGGCCUAUUGAACUCUGAUCAAAUUCUGGUAACCAGUAGUGCACAAUCUAAAGAAUUGGUACAGAAAUAUGCAGAGAAUGUUGAGCUUUUCUUUGAACAAUUUGCCAAGUCCAUGGUUAAGAUGGGAAAUAUAUCUCCACUGACUGGUUCAAGGGGAGAGAUCAGGAAACACUGCAGGAGGAUUAACAAAUCUUAGGACAAUGUAUUAAUUGCGAUAAAUCUCUCUGCAAUUGCAUUUUCUUUCCAAAAUUAAGUUCUGUUUUGAUCUUUGUUUCGUGAUAGAAAUUCCGAUAGUCUUGCUUCAUAUAGCUUGUAUGUUGUGGACAACCAAUGGUGAUAUGUUGUUGCUUUUUGGUGUGUGUGUGUUCAUUAGUAACAUGCUUAAAAUAAAAGGGCUAUGUGAAUUUUUACAUGGAUUAUCGGUAAAAAUAUUUUCUCUGCUUUCUUCUUGAAAAGCAAGGUGUAUAUUGUGGGCAACCAGUGGUGUGAUGUUGUUGCUUUUUAGUGUGUGUUAAUGAAGAACAUGCUUAUAGUGAA